AUGGUGCACAUGGCCACCCCCGCAUUGUCCACAGUCGUGCUUUGUGCCUUUUUGCUGACCAUAGCUGCUGGCAUGGAAAUGGAUUGGACAAGCUACUCGGAUCGUGCUGAUCUUCCAAUGUCCCAGAAGUGGCGAGAGGACAUGAAGGAUAAGCUUUCCAGCGUGGACACUGCGAAGCUUACACCAGAGCAGAAGCGCAAAUUCAAAGAACUCUGGCGGCGAGUGAAUGGAGAUCCGCCAUCAGCAGGCGAAUCCGUGCCCUUGGCGGGGGUUGCUGCCGUUGCGUUGCUGCUGGGAGCUGGUGCCUACAUGUGGCUGACGAAGCCCGAGCCUGACAUCCAAGCCAAGUAA